CCCCCAACCUCGCUACUCUAGGUGGUGCAUUCCUCAUCGGCUCCUUUAAUACGACUCGCCAUAUCCAACUCUCAAAGACUCCAUUGACACAAUCGGUACUUAACCACACUUAUCACGCGUGACAUACAACGAAUACAACUCAGCAUACUUCAAAACCUGUCCUCUUAACCUUGAACCCGCCGAAACAAUCUGACUUUCCUCUGGACAUCGACUCCGCCUCCGCCUCAACCAAUUUCAUCCACGAGCUUUACGAAGUCCCUUGUACGGGUAACACUACACGUCUUUCACCUUCACAAUGUCCUACACGCCCAACUUCGCCAGCCCUCCUCCCGACAUCGGCCCAGACGCCGCCGUCUCCUUCCCCCGCCAGCACAUCAUGUUAAUUACCCUCAACCGGCCCCGCCACCUGAACUCAAUCUACUCGGAACUCCAUUACAACCUCGCCCGCCUCUACGAGUGGUACGACGCCGAGACCUCCCUCCGCUGUGCCGUUCUGACGGGCACCGGUCGCGCCUUCUGCGCCGGUGCGGACCUGAAAGAGUGGAACAUCCGUAACACCACGGGUCAAUCCAACAACCCAACUUCCGUCAGCGCGGACCCAGCCCCACAGGCUCCGGUGGUGACGGCAGACCACCCCGAAGCCAAGCCAGGUGAAAAGUGGCCUUCCACCGCCGGCUUCGGCGGACUGUCGAAUCGCGGUGGGAAGAAGCCCGUGAUUGCUGCCGUCAAUGGUAUAUGCCUCGGCGGCGGUAUGGAAAUGAUCAUCAACGCGGACCUGGUGUACGCGUCCACCAAGGCCAAGUUUGGACUUCCAGAGGUGACUAUCGGUGUUAUCGCCAUUGCUGGCGCUCUCCCUCGUUUGAUCAAGUCGGUGGGCCGCCAGCGCGCCACGGAAAUGGCGCUGAUUGGGAGAACAGACUACACUGCCGAAGAAAUGGUGUCAUGGGGCCUCGUGAACAAGGUUGUGCAGCCCGACGAUUUGAUGGAGACCGCGCUGAGUGCCGCGGAGGCCAUUGCGAGAAACUCACCAGACUCGAUCAUUGUCUCAAGAGAGGGGCUGAAGACUGGUUGGGAGCCGAUGGGCCCGGUAGAGGCUACGGGUUACAUUGAUCAGACGAUUUAUCGCAAGAUGGAGGCAGGAGAAAAUAUGACUGAAGGCGUCAAGAGCUUUGUCGAAAAGAGAAAGCCGGUGUACAAGGAUAGCAAGCUUUGAGGACGGAAGCGUAGCUUGAUAAUUUGAGAAAAAUUGUAUUA